AUGCAAAUGCAACAAACUCAGCAAGCCACCGCGGCAACUAUCUCAACGCCCACUUCUCCUCCCUCUUCCCCCGGUGGCCCCACGGCCGAGGCACCGCCGAAGCAAGUUGCCGUAGCAAUGGACAAACUCGGAGAAGCCGAAAGAAUCAUCGCCGACAUCAGAAUUGGCGCCGAUCGCCUCCUUGAAGCUCUUUUCAUUUCCGCCGGUCAGCCUCACCAAGGCAGCAAGCCUUUACAAGUGUUCCUCAAAGAAAAUGCUUGCAUGCAACAGCAUUUUCAAGAGCUUCGAUCACUAGGGAAGGAGCUUGAAGAAGCUGGAGUUCUCAGUGAAUCUGCUCGAACGCGGAAGGAUUUUUGGGGUCUGCACAUGCCGCUGGUUUGCCCAGACGGCGCAGUCGUAGCUUAUGCGUGGAAACGGCAACUCGCCGGUCAGGCUGGUGCUUCUGCCGUUGACAGGACAAGGUUAGCUCUCAAAGCUUUUACUGAUCAGAAAAAACGGUUUUUCCCCCAUCUUGAAGAUGGAAUUGAAACUAAUGAAUCAGCUUCGAAGAAACAAUGUGGGUCUGAAGAAGUUGUGUUUGAACCUAAGGAAGACAUGAGUUUUCUGAGGUUGCUACCAGAUGUUCUGAAGUCAGUGGAAAAGGAAGUGCCAAAUGUGAAAAUUUCAACUUUUGAACGUCUGGACUGGUUAAAAAGAGCUUCCACACUCGCCUCUGUAACUAAUGAGAGUUCUCAAGAACAGAACUAUCAUGGUUCUAAUAAGCCAAGGCUAGGAUCAAUUGGAAUAGUUGAUCCAGAGAAGGUUGCCGUGAUAGAAUUGUUGUCUUCUAACUUCAGAGCUAUUAUAUCCUUGCAUCCUGCUGGGUCCGCUAAUGCUGAUGCUGUGGCUUUCUUUUCUCCCGACGAGAAUGGAAGCUAUGUGCAUGCAAGGGGAAUUUCAGUUAAUCAUGUGUAUGAACAUAUUACGGAGUACGCAACAAUAGCUCUGCAGUAUUUUCUUGGCAACCAAGCUGAAACAUCGCUGUAUUCUCUUUUGCACUGGAUUUGUAGUUACCAGAGCGUGUUAUCAAGACCAUGCAGAAAAUGUUCAAAGCUACUUGCCAUGGAUAAACAAUCAAAUUUGUUGUUACUUCCAGUUCACCGGCCCUACUGGAAGUUUUCCCUUUCAAAAAUUUUGUCAGCUAUAUCUUCAAAGGACCAGCAUUCAGAUACUACUAUGGCCUAUCAUAUUGGCUGCCUCUCUGAGGAAGUAUGA